GUAUAGUGUAUAGUCGGCCUUGGUUACUGCUUUCCUUUCCGCGCCGGGCGUCUUCUGAGAGUGUGUCCGACUCCUGUUCGUGUGACUGUGUGUUAACUUUUCUUUUGUUACUUUACCAUAUUGGAUUUCACGUUCGCUUAAUUCUUCCAGUUUAAGUUCGUGAUUAUUUCUUGUGAUUUUAUCAUUAUUUGAGAACACUUUCCUAGACAGUUUUCCUUCAGUUUUGCUAGUGAUUUGUUGGAAACCUCUAGUUUUGGGCGAGUGACUGUGCCUGUGAAUUCAACAAAAAAUCUACGAUCUAGUAGACACGCUAGUAAGCGUCCGUUUUAGUUGAGAACUGUACAACGACAGGCUUCAAGAUUAAGCCCAACGGACUUGACAUGGCGUCGCCAAACGAAGUCGACGAAGAGUCAACGCCGAAGAACGUGCACGAGUCGAAUGGCUUCUCCAGUAAUAACGGGAAGAUAGUAGUGAGCAACGUGCCGUCCCAUCUCGGCCUAGAAGAAUUGGAACAAUUCCUGCUGCCUUUUGGUCCAUUCCAGAAUUGCGAGAAGCUCAGUCAACGGGAAGGCCAACCUCAGACCGUCCAGAUCAGUUAUGCAACACAGCAACAGGCCCAACAAGCACUAUCAGAGUUGAACGGGUUCGAGAUAGAAGGUAACACGUUGAAAGCGGAACCGGCGAUGGAGAGAGGCGGUCGCGGAGGCCGCGGAGGCGGCGGUGCGAGGGGUGGUCGCGGCCAGGCGGGAGCGUUUUCAGGCAUAAUCGGCACAGGCGGACGCCAGACCGACUUUCCACUGCGCAUUCUUGUGCAAAGCGACAUGGUCGGAGCCAUCAUUGGCAGACAGGGGUCCACCAUCCGACAGAUCACACAGCAGACCAGAGCCAGAGUGGAUGUUCACCGUAAGGACAAUGUUGGCUCUUUAGAAAAGGCCAUCACAAUCUAUGGUAACCCCGACAACUGCACAAAUGCCUGCAAGAGGAUACUGGAAGUCAUGCAGCAAGAGGCUAACAACACCAACAAAGGUGAGAUCACACUGAAGGUUUUGGCGCAUAAUAACUUGAUUGGUCGCAUUAUUGGAAAGGGAGGAAACACAAUCAAGAGAAUCAUGCAAGAAACUGACACUAAAAUCACCGUUUCAAGCAUUGAUCUACCAGACUAUUGCUGUUCACACCAAGGCCAAAGCAUAAACGACAUCAACAGCUUCAACCUGGAGCGCAUAAUCACAGUGAAGGGCGCAAUCGAGUCGAUGUCAAAGGCCGAGUCGAUGAUCAGUGCCAAACUGCGCCAGAGCUACGAGAACGACCUGCAGGCGAUGGCCCCACAGAGCAUGAUGUUCCCCGGCCUUCACCCGAUGGCGAUGAUGGCCACGUCUGGCAUGGGAGGUGGCUACUCGGCUCGUGGCUCCGGAUAUCCGGCCUCCAUCUAUGGCUCGGCGCCCCCGCCAUAUCCGCCACCCGUCUACCAGUCCGGCCCGCCCCCCGUGCCCGCCGGUCCGCCCCAGGCUUCCGACACUGUGGAGACCACUUACCUGUACAUCCCAAAUAAUGCGGUAGGAGCUAUCAUUGGAACCAAGGGCUCACACAUUCGACAAAUGAUCAGAUUCAGUGGUGCCUCAGUGAAAAUCGCUCCCAUCGACUCCGAUAAAAUUGACCAACAACCUCAGGAGAGGAAAGUAACAAUUGUUGGAUCGCCAGAAUCGCAAUGGAAGGCUCAGUAUUUGAUUUUCGAGAAGAUGCGAGAGGAAGGCUUCGUUCCGGGCACAGAUGACGUGAGACUGACCGUGGAGAUAAUGGUGCCGAGCAACCAGGUGGGCCGUAUCAUCGGCAAGGGAGGCCAGAAUGUGCGCGAGUUGCAGCGAGUCACUGGCAGCAUCAUCAAGCUUCCAGAACAGGCCGCCAGUCCGCCACCCCAGGACGAGGAGACUACCGUUCACAUUAUCGGACCCUUCUUCUCAGUUCAGUCGGCGCAGAGGAGGAUCCGCGCAAUGGUGCUGCAAUCAGUGGUUGGCGGUGCGGGUGGACCAGGAGGUGCAGGAGGCCAGGGCGUGCCCCAGGGGGGACCAGGGGGCCCCGGCCGACAGGGGCCAGGCGGUGGCGCAGGUGGGCCGAGGGGGAGGGGGGGCCAGCAGGAGCCACCACAGCAAUAGGGUGGCGCACGCACGCACACGCACGCGCACCAUACCAAAGAUGACAGGGUGGGCCGGCCGUGCUAAACUAAUAAGAUGAUUAUGAUGAAGAAGAAGUCAUGUGCAAAGUACAAAUCGCGGGAACCAGAGUGUGCUGUGGGGGGACUAGCUAGGUGGGCGGGUGGACGGCCGAUGUGUUGCCUUGUGUUGCGUUGCUUGCUUGUGUUGCGUCACGCAGUCCCUCUCGUUGUUCAGAUAUAUUGUGGGACUGUGAGUGACGCAGCAACUUGGCCACGCAACUCAAUGCAGUGCAACGCAUCGUUUCCCCCUUCCCCCCUCCUUGCUCUCCCCGGCCACCGCCCGUUUUGUAACGACUAACUGUCUAUAAGGUUUAUUAUUGAAAUUUUAUUGAAUCGACAAAGAUUUCUAAAAUUGAGGGAAUAUCUUUGACUUUUGAUAAGAGCGAGCGAGAGAGAUUGAGAGAAGCAAAUACGUUUAUUUUUGAUACAUUGUUGUCGAAUGAAAGUUUUUGUUAGAGUUUUUAAUAUAAUUAUUGAAAAUAAUACGAUAAAAAUAAAGUAUUUAAAAACGUUUUUAUAUGGCGCAUAGCAUUUUACGCUAUGUGGAAAAUGGAGAGUCGUUAAAAUAGCAAACUUUACCUAAACAAUAGAUCAACUAACGGAUUGUAAAUCCGCUUGAGCAGAGUGGUGUUGAGCGAUUGGCACCAUUCUUGUCACACCCAAUAAGACUUGGCUGCCUGGCUGCCAGCAAAUAGUUGAUCCACUCCUUGCGCCAAACUCAAACUACCCACAAUCUGGUAGGCCUAUGCAUCCCAAUUCAAUAAUGCUCGUCCUUCUAAAUUUUUUUUUAUUUUGUUUCGAUAUAACGGUGGACUGUCACCUUUUUUCUUUACCUAAUUAAGCAUCUCAUCUGUAGAUAAAAUCAAAUUAAUGCAAAGACAAUCUAUUUGAUCAUUCCCUGUAGUUAUAUUAAGAAAUUGCUAUAAUUAUAAAAUUUUAUAUUAUUGAAUAGGUACUGUUGGCACAAAGCUACAGUAUUGUAUCAAAUGAAUUUGAAGUAAUGAUAGUGAUGAUGAUGACGAUGAUAUUUUCCACCAAACUAUUAUGGUUAUUGCCCUCAAUUUCUAACAGAAAACAAAAAUUUGACAUGCACUCUGACUCCCUUACCCACCCUCAAUUUAAUCAUCGACCCCCUCUAAUUUUUGGCUAUGCCGUUUAUCAAAUCCUGGACUUGUAAUCUACACCCGACAGGCUGUAAACGAUCUAAUAUCAACAAUACAACAAGUGUGCGUUCUCUUAUCGUAUUACAUACAGUCUUAGCCAUUCAGGCUAUCACAUAGUUUAGGCCUGCCUGCGGAGAUAUGUCAGUUGACGGACAAAUUUCAAACUGACCAUUAUUAAACAGACAUUGAAAGUGGAAUCAGUACAGCUUUAAUCUGUACUUGAUGAAAUACAGAACCAACCGCACUCUAGUAGAACCGCGUUCUAUAAUAGUGAAUGUUGAGACUAGCUAGGUUGACGCACCAGCGCAACUAAACCGACCUCGAACUCUAGUUUACUGAACUCUAGUUUAUUCGGCUGACUCGUCAAGCCGAUGUCAUCCACAUGUGGUCAUCCACAUUGACAGGCGAUUACAAUAUUUUGUAUCUGUUCAUCAAAGCUCGAUGAAUAAGUUACAGACCUUGUUUUAAGUUUCUUUUCGGAUAGUUUCAAGGGAAACUGUCACGUUUUUUUAUGCUCAAGCGAGAGAUUUUUAUCAGAUCCAUAUACUGUAUUCAGUUGGCCUUAUACUUGAUAUUAUAGUGUUUGUUUUAUUAUUUUCAUAGUACACAACUUACUGUAACCUAUUAAACAUUCUUGCUUCUCAGGGAACUCAGAUGGGGCUGAGUUUCCGUUCCAAAUUGCAAUCAUUGUUUGUCGGCUGUGCGUUGUUUGUUGUGUAGAGCAUCGGUGACAAAGCGAUCGGUUCGCGUCCUGUCAAGCUAUUGGCAUUCACCUACCGUACCGUACAUACAGCGAGCCUCUUUUCGGGCUUCACUUGUUAUUGUCCUCUUUGUUAUUGCUCUUAAAUAUAUAUGUACAAUUAUAGAGAGAUAUAUAUAUUUUAUUACUAGUUUUUUAUUCAUUAUUGUAUGAUAACAGUUGUUACAGUUUUUAUUAUUAUACAUUUUUUAUUAUUAGUAUAUACUUAUAUUGUCAAGAACAGUAUUCUAUUUCAACAACAAUCGAGUACAGAUUUUCAGUUUGCCGUUAUUGGUGAACUGGCGCCUUCAGCGAACAUGCUUGCUUUGUUACCGCACUGCCAACAGCCGACAACCUCUGAUAUCGGUCCAUACUUUCAUCCCAAUUCCACAACAAAAGUUCCCAUAUUGGAACACUACUUUUUAACCUUGAAAACAUGUUACAUGAAUGUUAAAUACAAUUCAUGCCCCUAAUUUUAUAUUAUCAAAAGAGAAGCCAGGUUGUUUAUUGUUCAUAUGCCUACAAUAUUCUAAAAUAACAGUUUUAUUAUCACUAUUUUAUUGUUAUUUCUCUGCAAUGAUUGAGAAUUUGUACACCCAUAAGCCGAUUAACUCAAUACUUACUUCUGCUGUAUCUUGACAUGUUAUCAUUUUAAUAAUCACUAAAGCUGUUGAAAAUCUAGCUGCUAGUUAUCAACUCACAGUCACAAAAUAUUUAUUCGAAGCUGAGUCAUCUAUCAUUUAUCACUGCGAAAUUGAUACAGAGCUUGACCAAUUCGAGCUUAAGAAGCUUACAGAAGUUUGAUGUGUGUCAAUUGAGUCAGGCUCCUCCACAAGUAUUAUAUCCAGUAGGCAGCAAAGAUUUCACACUGCUCAGUGAAUGUUAAUUUUACUUUCUUUCUCGCUAUUUUUAUCGAUGGGAACAACUUAAGAAGUAAAGUGAAAGAUUUUAAAGUCAUUCACAAGGUACAGCUCACUACACCUUUGCUACCUCAUACAUAUUAAAUGAUAUUAUAUAUAUAUAAAUAUUUACAUACACAGAACAAGAUAUUAUAUUAUAUACAGUAAUUAAAUACAAACUUGUCCAUAAUGCUGCUCUUUUGUUAUAAUUCCACAUCAUUCAAUCAACAGUUUACAAAGAUUUAUAAUUGACUCUGAAGUUUUACUGUGUAUAUUAUUACGAUAUUAUAUUAAUUAUUACAAUGAAGAAGCUGUUAUUUUUGAGUUUUUUGUUUGUUCUUUAAAUUUUUUGUGGGAAUAAUAUACUACUGUUAGUUGAAUAUAUACAGUUAUAUAUUUGUUUAUAUGAAUAUAAUGAUAAUUAGUGAGGCCUGUGACUGUUAUGUUAAGGCCGUUGUGCUGUGCUAUUCAAUUUUUCAUGAAUCCCGGAACCGCAUUUCUUUUUUAAAUCACGUACAACAUGUCCUCUAUUUUAUUACACAAUCCAAAGCAAAUUUUGAGCAUAUUUUCCUGAAUAGCCAGUGUCCGUCUCAAGUACUGUCAUUGGCUAGUCUUUACAACUUUGUGGGAAUCAAAAUUUACGUUUCUGUCUUCAUGGCUAAAAAUAUUGAUGAAAUUUGUGAAAGUGCUGUUCCGGGAUAUUCAAACGAGAGCUGGUGUUAUGUUAAGGGCAUUGUUAGGUUAACUUAUAGAUUAUAUUGUAGAUCAACAGUUUAAAAUGUCAUUGCUAAUGAUUUCCUUGGGUUCAACUAUCGUGCAUUGUAGUCUAUCUGCACUCAGUCCUCGGACGCAUCUGGACGUAAGAGUGCUAUUUCACACAUUUCUUCUUGAGUGCUAUAAAAUUUUCAAACAAAUUGCUAAACUCCAUUAAUGACAAUCAUCUUCUCUACUUUAUUGUCAAAAAUAACGCACUUGAAAUUUUGUGAUUAAUGAAGCUAAAUUUGCUUUUCAAUCUUAUUGGUCAAUUCUCCAUUCUGCAGAAACAAGUUUACUUGAAGGCUAUUCAAGUCCUACUAUUACCAUCUUCUAAAUACUAUCAAUACUUUGUAAUAGAAAAUAUUAUACGGACAUUAUUGUCCAUCAAUCAAAACUUGUUUGAAUUUGAUCGUAUAAAACAGUUUUAUGGUUUCGUAACCAGGUAGACAAAUCUAUUUAUGUUGAGAAUAAAUUCAAUUUCAAAUCAAGAUAUUUUUAGCUCAGGGAAAUCUAAAGUUUUAAACUGUUCCGGAUAAGUCAUAUUUGCUGGCUUGAUAAAAAUUGAUCUUUAUAAUAGUACUCAUCUAAAUCUUAUAUCAAUUAUAUUAAUUAUAAAAAAUACUUAGCUGUUUUGUCAACAGCUUUCUCUAGGUUUCUUAGCUUUUUCCGUCUAGCAACAAUACCUUAUAUUAUGAUCUAUUACUAAAAAUGAAUUUCAUAUAGAAUAUAUUAUUAUUGAUUGCGAUGGUUAUUAUUAUUGAUUAUAUUGAAUACCAGUUGACAAAACUUAUUAGUGAUUAUAGUGAAAAAAGGGCAUUCUUAUUUGAAGAGUUUUUAUAAUGGAAAAUAUUUAGCUAAAGUAUGCAUGAUUUAUUAUUAUAUUCGAAAAUAACGUUAAGUGUGAACUCUUUCAACUCAUAACUAAGAUUUUCAGUUUAAUUUACUAUAUUUUCAGACUAAAUCAGUGACGUUUGGAAUCUAUUAUUAUGGUGUAAUGUUGAGUUUUAUAGUAUCUAUCGGCUGAAUAUUUUCUCUCUUAUCCAGCGCAUAAUGUUUUUAGAUCCGUAACAACUGUAUGAUAUUACUUUUUGGUCAAAUGCCAGAAAUAUCCUGCGUUGUUGGCCUACACAGUACGUAGACUGUUACAAAGCCAUGUAGUUUUAUUUCAUUCAAUAAGGGAAAUAUAUAGUUUUUAUUAUUAAUAUCAUUAACAGUUCGUAAUCAUUAUUUCACUUUUUUGUUGUGGUGUGUAUUAUUACUUUGCAUAAUUACAUUUUUCCACAAAAGGUAAUUCUUAGCACUUCUAAGCUGAAUUAUUUUUGUUAAUAAUGAUUUAUAUUCCUUUUGUUUCGUUUUUAUCCAUUAGCAUCAUCUGUUUCAAUAGUCAGUAUAAUUUUUUAUCGUUGAUGGAGUUUAUUUUACUGUUAUACACUUUCCAGUUUUCUUUCUAAUGUUGGCUUGGUUUAUUUUUUUUUAUAUUGAUGGAAGUUGUUCAGUAGGCUUGUAGGCUUAUCCUGUUUCAGUUGUUCAUUUAAAUGUAUACUCACUCCCAGUUGGUUUUAUUUAUGAAAUUUGGAUGCAGUGCAGCAAUUGCUGGCUUAGUGAACUCUGAUAGUUUUCUGCCAAUUGCUAAAAUUUGAGCAGCCUCAAUGCUCUGCCGGUAUCCGGCGCAGUCCUCAUACAAAAAUUGUACAUAAAAAUGUUUGGUGACAAAAUUAAUAGUAAACAUUUUCUGGUUUUUCGGUGUCUAUGUUCUAAAACGUCAGUAGUGAUGGAAUUGUGUUUUUCUAUGUAGUCAAAAACAGUAUCAUUAGCAUCCCUUGAAUUGUGUAACAACGUAUUUAUAAGUAUAAAUUGAUAAGGUUUAGGUAUAAAAAUAUUGACUGCGGCCGUGUAUUGCCGGUGGAGUUGAGGCUGACUAUUCUGUCCUGUAUACUGUACAUACCACGGUUUUCUAUUGCUCUACUACGAUUGUAUAUGUGACGUAACCCAGUAAUCUAACACACGCACGGCGAUGUGAUGCGAGUCGACUUCUCAAGCAAAAUUUAUGCCUAUUUCUAUAGUAACACGAGGGCCGAGCAGCAGGUGAGGGAGGGGUGUGGGAUGAGGAGGUUCACUGGAGACUGUUUUUGUGUGCAUCUUUCGGUUAUAUAUCAUCUGUGCCUUACAGAAUGUUUUUAUUAAUUGGCGGAUCAAAAAGAACUAGAUGAAGGGUUAGGAACGGAGUUUGUCAGUAGACAAUGCCCUGCCACCUUGCUCGCCUUCUAUCUCACUCUCACCUGUUGCUCUCUUUUUAUUAAACAUUUUGUAAGCCGAUACAGAAUUCAUCUUCAGAUGGAGAUCUGUAUCUGCAUUUUCAAUAAGCGAUUAUAUUUUUUCAAUGUCUCCUUAAACGACGAUACGAAAAGAAUGUAAUUUGUGAUAUCUAAUUUUAUUAUAUAAGAGUAAAUGAAAAAGAAACCCUCGAUUCUAAUGUUAAUUAAUCGAAUAAGAAUUGCUAAACUAAUGUAAGUACGAGAAGGGUGAUUAUUAUAUUAUUAGAACUAUUAUUGUUAGCGCUGUUGUAUACAUAUAUAAAUUAUAUAUUGUAUUAUAACAAACAAUGUGAUAUUAUAUAUUUAUAAUGAGGUCACAACCAUUGGAUAUUUAAGUCCAUGGUAAGUGACAAAAUUUGUGUUCAUGAAUUUAUUAUUAAGUUUCUUAUAAAGUUUUUGCUGGUUAUCGCAUGAAUCAGAUGAAUCCUUGAACCUCAAAAAAAGUUUAGGCAUAAAAGAGAACCUUGAAAUUUGUGAUUCCUCUUCUAGUCUUGUGUAUUUUCGGCAAAAAUUUUUCGCUCAAAAAGAGUAAUUAAUUUGAAAUUUCGGUCAAAAUUCGUCAAAAAUGAAAAUGAAAAUUGUUUUUUGGAGCCCCCAUCACAUCGUCCACAGAUUGCUAGGAGACUUGCUCUCCUCCUAUUCACCUUUUUGUAAAAUAAUGAAUUAAUAAUAAAUUGAUACGUUUGGAAAUGGGUUGACUAGCUGAGCCUAGCAUUGACUGGAAACUGAGUUAUUAUUGUCAAGUAUAGUCCAUGCUUGCAGGCGAAGGCAAGGCCUUGUGUCUGUCUGUAUUCAGUGCAGCCAAGUUGUGCAGCAGCAACAACACCACAGCAUGAUAAAUCAGUUUACAUCAGCGGAUUAUACUUGUUUUGUGUACGCUACAAAGAAAUUGUAAAUGUAUUGUAAACGGAGUUAUCGUUUCUUUUGUAUACAAACAUUAUAGUCCAUGCAAGCAUUGCGGUCUCCUUUUUCUACCAUGAGAAAUAAAUUAUUCUAGUUAAGAA